UUUUUUUUUUCAACUUGAGUUAAUUUGGAUAUCGUUUUAAAAACAACUUUAAAUUAAAUUGUGUCAGUUGUUUACAUGUUCGGACACUUGUUAAAUAAACAUGGCUCUAUUUGGAUUUAAACAUGUUACGAUAUCACACCAUAUUUAUGGAGUGGGACUCUGACAUGUGGGGAAUUGAACAUUUGUGCCUAUGCCAAGACCUGUGAUAUGUAAUGAACAAGUACGAAAUACUGGGCGUUGUAGGGGAAGGGGCCUAUGGGGUGGUGCUGAAAUGCAGACACAAAGAAUCUGGGGAAAUGGUAGCUGUUAAAAAGUUCAAAGACAGUGAAGAAAAUGAUGAUGUCAAAAGAACGACCCUUCGAGAGCUCAAGAUGUUGCGGACCCUCAAGCAGGAGAACAUCGUGGAACUGCGGGAGGCCUUUAGACGGAGGGGCAAACUCUAUCUGGUGUUUGAAUAUGUAGAAAGAAAUAUGCUGGAGCUUUUGGAGGAGAUGCCUAAUGGAGUGCCUACAGAGAAAGUGAAGCACUAUACGUAUCAGCUGUGUAAGGCUAUACAAUGGUGUCACUGUCAGGACAUCAUACACAGAGAUAUAAAGCCAGAAAAUUUACUCAUCAGUAAGAAUGAUACUCUGAAGCUUUGUGACUUUGGAUUUGCCAGAAGUAUUCACGGAGGAUUGGUGGGUGUGUACACAGACUACGUAGCCACAAGAUGGUACAGGUCACCAGAACUCUUACUUGGGGCUGCCUAUGGAAAGGCUGUGGACAUCUGGUCUAUAGGGUGUAUUCUAGGAGAACUCAGUGACGGUCAGCCGUUAUUUCCUGGGGAGAGCGAGAUUGACCAGCUCUAUGUCAUUCAGAAGGUCAUGGGUCAACUUCCUGCUGACCAGAUGAAAAUGUUUUUUGCUAAUCCCAGGUUUUCGGGACUGAAGUUUAAGGUAACAAGGUCACAGAAGCAAAGAAAGAAGGAUGAUGAUGAUUUUCCAUCAGUGGCAAGACCCCAGACCUUACCAAAGCGUUAUCAUGGAGUUCUCAGUGGUGUUCUAAUUGACUUUAUGGACAAAACCUUAAAACUGGAUCCUAAUCAGCGCUUUUUGAUUGACGACUGCUUGGAACAUGAGGCGUUCCAAACGGAACAUUUACUGAAUCGUAACCAGAUCCAGAUACGUAGGAUUAAUACUCAAAGUGCUAGCAAGAAACGCAAAAACAACUACACAGAACAGAUUCAAAGUGAGAAUCUAAAAAAUAUGCAAAACAGUCGUCCUGAUUCGGGUGACACUAAUGACCCACCUCGUGCUGUUGUGAUAGUCGAGAGACAGGAGGAAAAAAUGGACACAGAAGAUGAUAUUUAUAAUUCUCCAGCCCGCAGCAAAUAUAUAAAGCAGGCUAAAAAUGUGUCUAAAAGUAACGCUGACAAGCUAAAUAACCAGAGCGAUGCUAAAGCUCAGAAAGACAGCCAGAAAGUGGAAAAACAUAUCAGUACAAUUAUUGAGGCCCCUCCCCCUAAAUCUGCCUCACAGAAAGUGGGCGGGGCUAAGUCAUCACAAGGGAAUAAGUCAGGGAAGGGUACAACCCAAUCAAGUACUGUUCUGGAUACUCAUAAAAGUAGUCAGGGGGAGAAAACGGAAAAAGGCGGGGCAAGUGCGAGUGUGUCAAAAAAUUCUCAAAGUGAAAGAGCAAGUGCGAAAGAAAGGGAGAGAAAUGUGAUUACUGCUGACUUGAAACUGAAUCUUACAAAUGGCAAUACAUCCUCAGAAAAAGUUGCACCCUCUGACUCAACACAAUAUAGGGCUAAAACUCCCAAAGUGGAAAAAGUCACCACAAUAGACAAUAAAACAUUGAAAAUCACAAGUGACACCAAACAUGGAAGCACAUUCUCUGAUGUCCACCAUUUUGGAUUGGACAACAGUAUGGACUCUUCUUCAUUCAGUGGGAUGUCCACUGAGGACUCAAGUGCAACUUCAGGGACCUACACCUCCACCACAACAGAUACCAGUGGGACCUCUUAUGACCCCCUGGAGUUUGCCAUUACUCAUAGUGAGUCAAAAUACUUAAAAAACAAAGACAGUGUCAAAGUGGUGCCUCCUCCUGACUUAAAGAUUGGAAAGCUCCUUGAGCCUGAUUCCCCCACAGUGACCCCUAGGGACCCCAAAUCUAGUCUUUUUAUCAACACCAAUAGGUCUAGUACUUACACUGUUAAUUUACAAGCACCCAACACCGAAAACCAGGAAUCUCAGCAAAGGGAGACAAAUAGUCCUCAACACGAGCGGAGAAAGUUUUUGGAUAAGGCAAUGCAGGAAGAACUUCACCGUAUAAAGUCCAGCACAAUGCGGAAAAAGAGCAACGACAAAAAUCAUCAGGGUUCUUUUAUCCAGACAAUCACAGAUCGUCUCUCAGAUGCAAAGUUGCAGAAUCCAGAUGUUUCAUUACCUUCAUACAACACAAACAAAUACAGGGAAAGCAGCUUUAUCAACUAUGGAACUAAACAGUCUGUUAAACGCAACCGCAGGGAAAACUACGGUACAGAUAGAAGGGCACACCCCUUUAUUUUGUUGAGGGAGCGAUCAGUGGCCGAUAGUAAUUAUGAAAGCCACGCCCACCCUGUCACUGUGACAGAUAGUCAUAGACCUACCAAGGAAGAUAUUGAUAAAAAAUUGUUAAUACAGCAAACAGACUUGUCUUUCCAUCGAGAACAGAGCAACAUAAAUAUGGGUGGGCCCCCCGUUCAGGGUCGUUCUCACAGCAAGUACAUGUCCCUCAACUCAGAACAGCCAGGGAUAGGUGGGUACCAACAUCAGCGUAUGUUUCCCCAGCCUGAUAACUCAUCUUGGCGGCAAGCUGACUCCACGAACACAGAAUGGGGCAACAGUACAAAUAAUACUCUUCAGCAGCUAGCAAAAAAGAAGAAAAAGAAAAAGUUUCUCCAGAUCCUGGCCAAUGAGAAUGCAGGAAGGAUGACUCCCACGAGCCGACUCCUAAUGACGCCAUCGAGAGCCAGUCGAAUGGAUUAUGACAUCGAGGAUGAAAACGACGGCCAAAUCUCAGCCAGGGAACCCCUACAGAAUUCUGGACGGGAUUAUAAGGAUAUUUACGACAACAAACAUCGAUACGAAAAAAGUCAAGUCAAUAUCCAGAAACGAACAAAGACUCCUAUUGAUAAGGGAACCCGUUUACAACCUCUUCAGAAGCCUCACUAUCUUAGUCAGCAACAAGGCAUGGACUCUCUUUGGCCAUACCAUAAUAAGUCAGAAACUGACGCUCGCCUGGGUGCCGGUUCUGGUAUGGACUUAAGACCGGGGUGGCUGUCUCGCCCUGGGUCAGUUUUAGGGGAGGACCAUCCUGACCUCUACUCCCACACACCGCGUGAUCAGGGGGACCUUAAACCUGUCAAAAGUGGCAAGCCUCGUCUCACCGGAGACUAUAGAACAAAUCGAGACUGAAAUUAUUUUGUGGCUGGAAAUUGAGUUCAUUGAUGAAUUGUGCUAUGUAAAAAUGCUUUUGCUUUAAGUGAGAGAGUUUGUUUACUCAAAUGAGUAGAGUGCAUAUUAUGAGAGCAAGAGAAAGGGGGGUGUAUGUAAUUUGAUCUUUUUUAUGCCAAAUGUUCAGUUUUGUGAUUCAUUAGUGGUCAUUGAAGAGACUGAGAUUUUUGUUCAGUGUUGAUAGUUAGCUGAGGACUUACAUAUCUGUUUUACACCAGGCUCUACAUACUAUGUUAUACAUGUAUAUUUAAACUUAACCCAUUUAACAAGCAUAUCAGUAUAUUGCAUAUGUCAUAUCCUAUAACAUUUAUUAUUUUACAAAAGCAUUAUUUAGUAAUAAAAAUACAUAUUUAGGUCAUAAUUUAACCUUCAAUUAAUAUUUUAGUUUUUAAAUACCUUUUUGGUUAUGAACCAAUAUUCUUUUCGAGAUUAACCUUAACAUAUCAUUUACAGUUGUGCCAAGUUAAUCUCCUGAACCUAUUGAUAAUUUUAAUGGUUACAGAACAAGUAAAGGUCAUAAGAAAAUUAUGAAAGAAAAAAAAAUUAUAAAUAUGUUCUGAUACUUUCCUCUUACCUGUCUUUUUAAUGUUUUAUAGUUAAACUUGACAAAAUAAGUUGAAGCUAAGUUCAGUAGAUAUACCGGUAUGCUCAAAAUGACUGAAUACUCUUAAUGUUUAAAACCUUUAAAAGAAAUUAUACCAAUAAAAAAAGGACUUACAAUUCAUAUAGUUUUUAAAUUUUCACCGUAUCAAUGUAUGGGAUAUAAAUGUCUUGCAUUUUGGUUCGCUAAGAACUAUAUUUUGAGUUCUACAGAACUAUAUUUGCCCAUUUAUGGUCAUAAAAUGAUGUAUAUAUUUUUUUCUGCUAUAGAAAUCCGUCCCAAGUUUUAUUUUUUAAUACUUGUUGUAGUGGAUGUCUCAAAACUGUUGGCAAAAUUUGUGUUUUUGUUCACUUUUUUAUCCUUUGAGUUCUGCUGAUAUUUAACGUUAUGCUGUUCUAUGUUUACAAUGUAGCUAUAUAUAGUAUCUUUAUUAUUUGAGUAUGACCAGUUCUCAUUAUUUAUUUGAAACAUUGUCCUAAUAUCUGGACACCACUGGUUUCUGAAGAAAGUGAUUAGCUAAAACAAACUUUUGGAAUAAUCUACAUAUUUUUACUACAAUGAAAAUUUAUCUGAAGACUAAGAACUAUAAAUUUUCAUUGUAAUAGGCAAGAUCUUGGGAUAAAACAACAUUUGCAUUAGACAAGUUCCACUGAAAAUAAUUUUUUAGGUUGUUAGAUACUUUGACACUUAAAGUGUUAAAAUGUUAUGCAUAAGCCAUUUUUUGGUUGAAAUAAAUCAAACCUGGAAAUUUUUCAGUCCUUAAAAGUGAGAAAUUUAUAAUGUCUUCAAUUUUUGAAACAUUUGAACUGUUUGUUGCAAAAUCUUUUGAAGCUGUAGCUUCCUUAUACGUAUACUCGUGCUUUACAGUAUUAUAAAUCUAAUUAUCUCUCUAUUCACUACCUCAUUUGUUCAGUUUUGCUAGUGCCUAAUUUCAAACACUUUCUUUUGCCACGAUAGAAAAUUGUAUUUUGUGGUAGAAGUGUUUCUUUAAAAUUUAUUAACAGGGAAAAUUUUAGAACUUUAUAGAAAAAAACAUCUAUUGGAAAUAGAAAGUUAUUAAAAAUGAUAUAAAGCAUUGUUUUAAACUUGUUCUCAAACUUACUUUUAAUACUUUUUGCUUCUGUUACAUAAUUUGAAUUUUAUUAUUUUCUCUUGUGAAAAAAAAUUGCCUUAUUAUAUAAACUAAUUAUUUGCCACCAAUUCAGCAUAUUUUAUUCACUGGCAGUACAUGUUACAUAUCUAUAUGUAUGUACUACAUAUUUAUAUCAAUAACCAGUUUUACUGUUCUUCUACAAAUUUUGUAUUUUUUCACUGCCUCAAAGUUAAGUGUCAUCAUUUCAUGUUUUAUGUGCAAAAUAUCACAUUAUUGUCAUACAACAAAUGUGCCAUCAGUUUAAAUACAACUUAAAGGAUAAAGAAUAAAGUUUACUGUAUAAUA